AUGUCCAGAUCUCAUGUUUCGUCCGUCGACUCGGACAACUUGAGACGUCUGGAACAUGCUUUGGUCAAGUUCCAUUCCUACAAACGAAAUACAACCUCCAAAACAAACAUCCUUCGUCUUUCACUCUUGCCCUUCCUAAGAAGCACCACCACCCCAUGGACCGCCCGUCCACUUUCCAAUGUCGAUCGCUCGUUGAAAGAACAUUUCCUUGAACUUUCUGCUGUUUUACUGCGUUGGUGGAAGGCUCUUUUGGUGGCUGUCAAAGAUCUCCAUCAAAUGACCGCCAUUGACAGAAAUUGCUAUCUUGAAGGUAUUUCCAGAAUCGUGGGACGUCAGGAAUGGCUGGAGAUUGCGAAGUCCACUCAAUCCGAACUCAAGUCCAAACAUGACGCCCAGUUACUUGAAACUUUUGAGUUCUGCAUAGCAAGACUUGACUUGAAAAACAUCAGUCUACCUAUCAACGCGUUUGUCGGGAAAAUCUUCGCAUACGCUUUCAUCAAACUCCCAGACAUUUCCCGUGGAUUGUUGUUUUUGCUAAACUCAAGAGUCAGAAAUUAUAAAGAGUUUCACGAUUUGGUCGUCUCGAACAAAUCUCCGCAUCACCCUAUUUCGGAAGUCAACAAAUCUGACUUCGAUACCGUUAUAGGUUCGACCCUCACAUUUUUCCCAGCACAUUUGCAUCCUCUCAUCAACUCCGCAAAGACUCCUCGGAAGACAAGAUACAAGCUCGAAACGAAAUUUUUAAACUCCAUCAGUCCUCCUUCAGAGAAAAUCAACGGUAUAAGUGAUCCACGUGGUUUGUGGUGCUCUAGAUGGGCUUCCUUGGAUAACAUUGAUCUUUUUUGUUCGUUCAUGAGACACUACCUGACUCUGGUUUCGUUUAGCAUGCAGCAAACAAGACCUUUGACAGCACAAGAAGUAUAUGCUCUACCUGGAUUCCCAUGUUUGAUUACACACGUUUUUGAAAUUAUAGACUUUCAUGUUUUCCAAUCAACAAAGCAUCCCAACGUUCCUUCUUUGGAGUCCCAAGUCAGCAAGAUUCUCAAACUUUUACGGGACUUUCUAAUGAACCCAAGACAUGAAUAUGAAGCUGCUUUAUCAAUGGGAUUUCUUCAAUGCAUGGACAAUGCUUUGAAAUUAAUUUUCUACAAGACAACCAUUUUCCAAAUGGAAAGGGUUGAUCUUUGUUUCGAUAUUUGGAUGAACCUGAUCAAAAGUAUAAAGGUCACGACUCCAUUUCUCUUGCAAGCAAUCGAUUGGAAAUUUUGGAUCAACACCGUUCUCAAAAUGCUACACUCCCAAUUCAUCAAUUGUGAAUUAAAGGCUUUGUCGAUUUUCUACCAGAUAUGGGAUUACAUUCCAACUAAUCAAGCAUUGGAAGCAGAUUGGGUUUCAAACAAGAAUGAAUCUCUCAAGUACAACUUGACUGUUUAUCUAACGAAUCCUGAAAAUUGGACCAAAUUCUUUGGUCAUUAUCUGCCUCUUGUUCGCUGCUAUUACAUCAAAUUGUUGGUUUGGAAAGUUCUUGGACUCGAUUGUCUGAAUCUCAACAUGGAUGGCACAUUUGUCGAUGUUUUGACAGCCAAAAGAAUUCAAGCUAUAGUGAAGUCGCGACUUGAUCAAAGUUUCGAGCUCUCCAAAUUACAAGAAGUGGUCCCAACCGAUCCGAUUCUCAAUAAGAAGUUCAUUAUUUCGUUCAUUGGAUCCAAGGACGAUCCAAAGAAAGAUAUCAUACGGUCGCAUCCAUAUGAGAUUUUAGACGACGCUGUGUACACAUGUGCCAACUUGUCUACAGCCAACAACUCUGCUACCAGUCUUUCCUCAUCAACAAGUUCAUUGUCUUCAACCACAUCCGCCAGCAAUUCUAAGUCAAGGUUGGCACCAACAUGGGUGUCUAAAUUAUUUAAGAAGAAGGCAGAUGAGGAACCUUCCGUUCCCGAACCUCAGCAGGGCCUGCCUGCUCCUUCUUUAUCCUCGCAGUCAUUGACAUUAUCGUCAAAAUCAUCAUCCCCUAGUCUUCUGUCUUCGGGUACCUCAUUCAGUUCGCCACAAUCGUCUAUGUCCUCUGUCGAGUUUAUCGACAGCAAUCCGGACUCUAAUUAUAAACCCAAUAUGCCCAUUGAGCUCUCUUUACGUGUCCCUGAUCUGAGCAAGCCUCUUUUCAAGUUCCAGCUGGUUCUGAACGAGAAAAAGAUCCACGAUACUUUGAAGCAACUCAAAGAUUACAAUUCUACAAAAUUUGUUGUGGGUGAUAACAAGCGCUAUAAUACCAAGCCAAAGCUGCCUGAUCUUGGAGUUGACACGAACAGUAGUUCUUUGAGCGAUGAAAGUGAUAUUGACACAGACUCUCGCAGUCUCGAUUUCCAGUUCCGCUCAACUUUGGUUUUGGACGAGAAACCUUUCGAUUUCGGAUCGAUUUCCGCAACGCCAACAUAUGCCAACGCAAUCUAUGAGUAUAACCAGAUAGUGACGGAGUUCGAACGCUUCAUCAAGGAGAGACUCGAUAAUUUGUCUGGAGCCAGCACUCCAAUGGAAACGACGCUUUUCACACUCGAAGAUGAUCUUCCAGCCUCUAUUCCGCUGCUUCUCUCCGAAUCUCCUGAAAAGUUAAAUGCAUAUUAA